AUGAGAAAACCGUCCAUUCCAGAGUUGAUCUACCAAAGGACGUUCCCCAAACCGAAGCAAGGCGAUCCUGUCUCCUUCUACGCCCAUAUCCAACGUCAUAUCGUGGGUGAAGUCCGGGUCGAAGUACAGAACUUCUAUGGCGCCCUCGACACCCUAGAAGCACAAUACCCUGGGCUCGACUACAGUUUCACCCCUCACCGCCGUCGGCUAUCAAGGUACCCCUGGCAUAGACGCCUUUUCCGUGUCUUCGACGAACUGGGAUUGACAGAGGACGAAAUCCUAAAUCUAUGUCAAUGGGAAGGAACAAGGGCGGCCAAGGAAAGAUACGAACGUGAAGCAGGUGUCGAAGUCAGGACUACUACAGCCGAUGAUGUCGUUGCGGCACUGCCCGGAAAUGGUCCCAGAGCAGUCUUCGAAGAUCUUUCCCGGCCAGCCUCUGUCGAACAAGCAUCUUCGAACAGCGAGACACUGGUAGCGACCCCGGAGAAAGGAGAACACAAAGCAAAAGAUGUGCACACUCCUUCACCAGCACCAGAAGAGGACUUCAUCGACCUACUACGUGACGCAAUGCAAUCCCGCCUAAGAGGAGAUCCUUCGGCCAUCAACCAGGCAUGGGAGCAGUGGCUCAAAGAAACCUUGGAACGGCACGAUGAGAUUGACAUUGACUUGGUCAUGACUGCCAUUCGGAACCUGGAGCCCGAGACACUGCGAGCUAUUCAGCAAGCGGGCGAGGGGGAUGAAACCAUGUCACGCUCUCCUACGCCUGAGUCCCAAGCAGAUUCAUACCACGAAACCAAUCAUCUCGACCGGAUAGAAACCGACAGCACCCAUGUGCCCAGUGACAGUGCAUCUCUAUCUUUGUUCGCGCGGAGAUCGCAGACAGAAGCAGCCAGAUGA